AUCACUAGUUAUAUGACAAGCACGCGAGCGAGACAGGCGACAAAACUUCCGAAAUUAUUGCAAAAUUAAAAAAUUAUUAGUGAACGCCCGCGCGCGCCCCUCUCCGCUUGCAGAGCGGGACCUCGAUCGGUGGCGAUCCAGAUAUAGUAGUGACCGUGAGCCGUGAAGUUUCUCAAAUGAAGCGCUAAAUAAAAGGAGCAACAGCAGCAGCAGCUACAACAACAACAACAGCAACGCAGUAUCAACGGAAAAGAACGGAAAAAGAAAACAGAAGGCAAAAUGCUAGAGCCGCCGAAAUUCAUCGAGAAUGAUAUGUACGGCGGCAGCCGGACCUUCACCUGGCUGGCGGACAUGGUGGGGCUUUCCGUAGAUUUGGUAAACUUUUUACUCUGCCAAAUAUCGGCUCUCUUCCUGGCCUCGCUCUUCCGGUCCGUGCUGCAUCCCUCGAAGGUGUCCAGCAAUUUGAGGCACAUCUUUGCCCUAUCGAUUGGCCUGGCCUUUGGCUACUUUUGCUUUGGCCAGCAGGCCAUUCACAUCGCCGGAUUGCCGGCGAUAUGUUACAUUGUCAUUCGCACUCAGGAUCCACGCAUCGUUCAAAGAGCCGUUUUGCUGGUGGCCAUGAGCUAUCUGCUGUGCGUGCAUCUGAUGCGUCAGCUUUAUGACUAUGGAUCCUAUGCCCUGGACAUCACCGGGCCUCUAAUGAUCAUUACACAGAAGGUGACCAGCUUGGCCUUUAGCAUCCACGAUGGCUUUGUGCGACGGGAUGAGGACCUCACCAAGGCGCAGCAGUACCAUGCCAUUCGUAAAAUGCCCACUGCCCUGGAAUAUUUCUCCUAUGUGUGGCACUUCCCUAGCAUCCUGGCCGGUCCUCUUGUGUUUUACAAGGACUACAUUGACUUUGUGGAGGGCUACAAUUUGUUGAGCAGUCCACCAGGCAACGGCAAUCUGGAUAAUAGCAAGAAGGAAGUGGUCCUGGAACCUUCACCUACGAAAGCGGUGAUACGUAAAGUUGUCGGCAGUCUGGUGUGCGCCUUCAUAUUCAUGAAGUUCGUCAAACUAUAUCCCGUGAAAGACAUGAAAGAGGAUGACUUCCUGAACAAUACCAGCAUGGUCUACAAGUACUGGUACGCCAUGAUGGCUACCACCUGUAUACGCUUUAAGUAUUAUCAUGCCUGGCUCCUAGCGGAUGCCAUAUGCAACAACUCAGGUUUAGGUUUCACCGGUUACGAUAAGGAUGGCAACCCCAAAUGGGACCUGAUAUCCAACAUUAAUGUGUUGUCGUUUGAGUUUUCAACAAACAUGCGCGAUGCCAUUAACAACUGGAACUGCGGCACCAAUCGCUGGCUGCGUACGCUCGUCUAUGAGCGAGUGCCCCUUAAGUAUGGCACACUUCUCACCUUUGCCCUUAGCGCCGUCUGGCACGGCUUUUAUCCGGGGUACUACCUAACCUUCGCCACUGGGGCCGUCGUUGUGACAGCGGCGCGCACCGGACGGCGACUCUUCCGUCAUCGCUUCCAGAGCACGCAGGUCACCAGGAUGUUCUACGACAUUCUCACCUGCCUGAUCACACGCGUCGUCCUGGGCUACGCCACAUUCCCAUUCGUUCUGCUUGAAUUUAUGGGCAGCAUCAAAUUGUACCUGAGAUUUUAUUUGUGCCUUCACAUCAUUUCACUAGUGACCAUAUUUAUUUUACCCAAGUUUAUUCGCGGCGAACGCCGGUCUCGUGCUGGAGCGGCCAACGGAGGUGCCACCGUACACCUGGCGGCAAGUGAAAGUUCCAGUUGCGUAACGGCCUCAAUUGCAUCAGCUACAACCUUGACCGCUGGCAAUGAUCUCAACAAGGAUGAGGAGUUGGAGGAGGAGGAUAAGCAUGCUCAUCAAUGUAAAGUCAACACGCCAACACAUCAGCAGCCAGCUGCUGCUGCUGCUGCGGCUGCUGCUGCUUCAUCACACAACAUCACAAAAACAAAUGAACAACAACUACAACAACAGCCAACCGAGCAAUCGAACAAUGUAAAUCUUCGACAACGCCACCCACAGCAGCAGCAGUCACAUCAGGAGAAGAUGCCGAUGCUGAAGUCAAAGCCAACGAGUGCCCGCGACGCCGUCAGCGUGCCACAUGACCAGUGCGAGAUGGAUCAAUUGUCCAGCAAACUGAAGGAGAAGUUCGAGGCGGAGACCAAAAACAUUGAGGAAUUUAUUGACAAGACUGUAACCGAGACCGUAAGCGGCAUUGUGGAGUUUAAGAACGAUCUAAUGCGCGAUAUUGAGUUCCCAAAGCUGAAGUUGCCCGGCAGCAACGCUGGCGGCAUCGGCGCUACCCUGGACUCUGCCGUAUCGGGAGGAGGUCUACGCAAACGCAACAUCAUCAUAUCCUCUGGCCAUGACAAUGGCACAGAUGCAACCGGGAAUGCUUCAUCCGCCACCGCCGAGCUCGAGGAGAACGGCGCCGCUCCAUUUUUGAAGAAGGAGAUCGAUGUUAUCAAUGCGGUGGUGCAGCAGGCCAAUGUUCUGCCGGCGGUGCUAAGCAAUGGUCAUGCCAAAUAGUAGAAGCGAUUAGCAGCAAGUGUGGGGCAACUGAUAAGCAACAGAAAUAUUAAUACCAACAAGAACAACAACAACAACAACGAUGAUAAUGAUGCAGAUGCCACGGCAGGGAAUGGGGGCACACCUGAUCGAUUGAUUUACAGUUUGAACUGAGAGAGAUUUAUAAAGCACAAUAGAAAGCACACGCAGACACACAAUCUAGGAUGCAGACGAAAUUUUUUUAAUUGAGAAGUGGUUCUAGUAGUUAGUCCUGAAGUACACUGUAACUGAGGUAAUUGUCUAAUAACAUGAAUUAGCCAAAUAAUAAAUAAGUAAUCGACACACAACAGUCAGCAGCCAAUACCAACCUAUGUUCAAAUUUAACUAAAUGUGCACCGAAACUCUAAUUGUUGUUACCCAAAAACAAAAAAGAAAAGAAAUCAACUAUAUGUAUGUAUAUGUACGUUUUGUAGAUGUUUGUUUGUUAAAACCCCGCGGCUUGAGGCCUGAAUAGAGCGUUCCAAAGCUAUCUGGCAUACAUAUCCUGUUUUAACACUGAGAGAUUAGGGAUGGCAAACAGAAACUAUACAUAUAUGUCCAAAAUCUAUAGUAUAUGUGAGAUAAAUCGUUAUUUGAUUUAUCAAAUCUCUGCCAAAGAAAAGUGUAAACUUAAUUCCAACUACUUUUUUUUUUUUUUUGAGGAUACACAUAAAAAGAGCUUGUCAAAAAUGUUUUUUAUAACGUUGUUUGAUAUAUAUCAGGUAGAUAUACAAAAUAAUACAUUUUCGAUAUUUCUUUUGGAUAAUAUCUUACCUUACUUUUACAUUUCGAUAUAUGUAUUAAACUAUACAACUUUUUCGAGAGCUAUAUAUGAUUGUACAUCCCUAAAAUGAAGUGAAUGAUUUUAUACAACUUAUAUACAUAUAUCUCCAGUAACAGACCAAGAACUUGGCCGAUAAAGCUUUGGAACGUUCUGUUUUCCUCGCGCCUUUUAAUUGAGAACUCAUCCACGCAUAUAUGUAUGUGUAUAUAUGAAUAUAUGUUAAAAUGUUUAUCAUAUAGUCUAUGUGCGAACUAAACUCAAUUUUCCAGCAUCUUUACUAUCUAUUGUAGUUGAAAUCCCGCCCAAAACGGAACGAUGACAAGUAGAACCAAUGAAAUCCUCUUCAAGCUAAAAACGCGGAAAACAAAACAAAGAAAUAUAAAAAGUCAACCAAAUCUUAACGUUAGACUGAAGCUAUUGACAAAAAAGUAAUAAGCAAAAGCAAAGCAAAUCGUGUGUAGUUCAAGUUAGUUAGUAAGCCGUCGAGUGUUGUUUUUUGAUAUUCAAUUUAUUUCCAAUUUUGUAUGGAACAGAGAGAGUGUCUGUCCAGCUUGCUUCCACUAUAUACUCUACAUGUGUGCAUACCCUUCCCCAUUUUUAAUUUUUAAUUUUUUUUGAUUUCUUUGUUCUUUUGUAAAUGUCGGUGUCCUCCACUUGUGGCUUCCUCCUACUCCGUAGAUCUUAAGCACUCACUUUAUAUAACCCCCCUCCUCUUUGUUAGAACCUAUAAUAAACGAUUUUGCCACAAAUCCUCAUCCAAUAUGGAACUAUAUACA